ACGGUCGGAAACUGCACGACACAGGAGCAAGAGUUAAUACAUGAUGUGGACAACACGUACAUCGGAAGAGCAGCAACAAAAAAUGGCGUAUUCGUCUUACGCUUCAAGGCUGCAAAAUCUUCCGAAGAUGUCACUCUCCCUCAAGCUCCUUCAAUCAUUGCAGCAGCCGCUUUGGUAACCGUUCCACCGAUUGAACUCAGCCGCAGCGAAGAAGAAACUCCUAGUAGCAGCCCCACCGACACACCUGCCGUUAAUAUCAAGAAAGAUAUUAGUCACGAAUACGAAGAAAUUCUGCAACUCGCACCUGAAAAUCUCUUCGACGCGACAACUACUCUCGACAAGCCUUCAGAUACGUCUUCAACUACCAGUAUCUCAGAAAAAGGUUAUGCACUCUCAAGGUUUCUCCUACCUUCAUAUUUCAUGCUCUUGAUUCUUGCUUGGCUGGCCAUAGCAGCAAGCGAGCUCCGUACCCCGCUGCAAACUUUCCUACACUACAGAGAAGCCGCUUACCAGACUACGACUUCCACCGUCUACGAGCAAGGCACGGGCCUCAACUGCUACCAAACCCCUCGUCAUCGCGUUCAACAAUGCAAUGAAGCAGAAGGGUUGAACAGUACCCUACACGAGCUACGUGAGCAGCUGCGUGCACUGCUGACUCAACAAAUUUCUCUGCCCGUCACUUCACGAUUCUCUGUCAAGCCUCCGGAUGUUGUCGAGGCUCCUCUCCACUACGUGCAACACUCUCGUGGUUUUGCAUUCGUCCCCUUUGGCCUUGCCACGUUCAUUGGCGCAACCCCAACCACUUUCAACCCGACUCAUUUUUACUCUGCCGAAGUGAGGGGGGGAAGGAGGAUCUACACGCACUUCGUCAAAGCCAAAAUUCGUCAUCAACAAGGGAAGCACGCGAUUGGUCUACCAUUUGACCAAUGGAAUGACCGCCGACUACUUACAGCACAUGAAGUUUACACGUCAGAAGAUUCCAAAUUGCAGAUUUCAUUCGCCGGACUCCAACCACGACGUGACUACAUCGAACUUCCAGGAAUGAAGGGGAGUGUUGUGGUAAAUGAAGUUUCGCAUUCCUGCAAGUUCCGUUUUCAGUGUAGUUAGCAGUAUCGAGUUUCUCAGUAAGUAAACAGGUCCGAGUGCUGAUGUCAGCAAAGCAUCGUGGGUCUCGGCAUGACGUCAGCAUACUGCUUCAGUUACGCGAUUAGGCGUAACGAACCGUUUCAGUCACGCGAACAGUCGCGGCCCUAUAGUAUGACGAAUAGGUCGCAUAGCGCGAUGGUGACAAACAGGUACAUUAGCGAACAGGUACUUUUCCUAGAGCUAUAAAUCCUUGUAAUGCCUUUCUAUUAUUAACCUUGACUUUCCACAGAAUUAUGUGCUCAGGUUAUUCAACCUUCGACUACCCACAAGUUCAUGUGCUCAGGUUCACUCUGAUAAGACUUCCGCUGUCUUACUAGUCUACCAUUCCAACAAAGAUCCUUGGUUAAGUACUCGUGUUUGUAGAUUCUAUACUUAGUCUACUACAACACCAGACGUUUUAUUUCAUGGUAUGAGAGCUAUCUGGAAUUAAGACUACCGUCAACUAUGACUGGUUCAUCACCAGCACCAUCUGCUGGAUCAGUUACUGGGACUACUGGAGCACAUGUCUCCACUACUGCCACUGGUCUCUCAGCCUCUGGGCCAUUACCACCAGCCUACGCUAAUAUCGGUAUGCAACAGCAGAAUCCACCUUCUGUCAAUACUCCAGGUGCUCCAUCGACUGCACCUGCAGCGCAACAGCAACAAUCACAGACAUCAGCACAUCAACAAGCGUCGGUACAGCCACCAGUUUCAACGCAAUCGAUUUCAUCUGCGUUCAGUGGAAUGAGCCUUGACGGCUCAAGUUACAUGUGUGGAGCUACAACUCCAAGUACUGGUUCGUUCGCUUUCUCACCUUUCGUACAGCAGCCGCAGUCGCAGCAGUUUCAGCAUCCUUUCUAUAUCUUCGGUCGUUCCCCUGCUCAGCAACAACAACAGCAGUAUCAGCAACCACAGCCAGUACAGCAACAGCAACAGCAACAAUAGCAGCAACAACAACAACAACAACAACAGCAACAGCAACAGCAACAACAGCAACAGCACGGCAUUGUUUUUCAGCCUCCAAAUUUACUUAACAAUACUCAGAUCAAGACAACCGUACCUUUUAAUGGUGUUGACUUCUACUCCUGGAGCUUUGAGUUUGAGCUUCUGGCGCAGUCCGCUGGGCUAUGGCCGUUCUUCACUGGCGAGUUUACGUAUCCUGUCGUGGGAACACAAGUGGAGCAGCAGAGUUUCUUGCACGCCUCUCUCGGGGCAUAUACAGUUCUUGUACGGAACCUGUCGCCGAAGGAGCAGCUCGGCGUCCGAUCUUUUCACUCAAGUUUUACACCAGCCGAAACUGCAUGGAAUCAUCGAAAGGGGUAUACAUGGCAAAGGAUACGAUAACAGUGAGUAAAAUACUUUCGCAGCUGACAAGUGUGCAGAUGAUGACAAACGAAAAUGUCAUGGACUACGUUAACCGUGUCCGUACACUACGCGAUCAACUGGAGAAAAGUGGAGGAUACUUCCCUCGUGAGAUGUAUCUCACGGUCCUUCUUGCUGGCCUUGGACCCGAAUGGCGACAGAUGCGCGCCUUCCUGCGUAUGAACCCAAACCUCUCCGAAGCUGAAAUUUCGUCGUAUCUUCAAGCAGAACAGCAAGAUCUUGACCUGCAGUUACAACGCAACAAAAAGAGGGAUAUACAACUCAGUUUCUAUUCAACACCAACUCGACGUCCUCGACACUUCUGUCAAAUUUGCAACAAGGGAGGACAUUCUACCGACCGAUGCUAUUUUAACAAGAAGUAUUUACCUCAUGAAGAAUCGCAGAGGACGCAAUCAUCACAGCAACUACGACAGCCUUCGAAGCAGUUUUUGCAGAAUCCUACGCCUCCAAAAUCAGCAUCUGCAAUAUCAACACCACCAACGACACUCAGUUCUGCCCCUCCAAGCAACUCAUCAAAGCCGACAGCCACUACUUCAAACUCUGCCACUAAUACGGUAACUUCAAAUUUUCGUUUACCUACUUCAUCCACUCACAUGGUCAAUUGCAGUACAGAUACUGAUACUUGGUACUUGGAUAGUUGUUGUGGCCAUCAUAUGGUCUCUUCAACCAAUCCUUUCAUCUACAACCGUCGUCGACUUCUUCAACCCUGCCCAAUCACACUCGCCAACGGUCAAACAAUUUCAGCAGAAAAUAUCGGCAGUCUACUUUUGACAUCAAUCGAUACGGGAAAGUCUUUAUGCCUUACCA